CGUCAAUAUCGUAAUUAGUUGGUCGAUAUUCUCUUCAGAUGCUGCACUAUAUUUUUUAGACACCAACCUAUUAUCUCCAUCACCUUAUCUCUCAUCUGGAUUCCUGUUCUAGAACAAUGAAACAUUUCUGUUUCAUUAUGGGUGUAGUUUUCCUCCAGGUGAGCUUUUCCCACAGUUACAACUGUGACAGGACACCGCGAAAAGCUGAAGACCCUAAACGCAACAUCGAUAAAUAUGUUCUGGAAAUUUUAGGAAAUCCUGAGACUUAUUCACCUGAAGCAACCUAUACAAUUGCGUUAAAGACGAGUCCGUCAAACCCUGUUACUAACCAUUUCACUGAGUUUAUGAUAGUGGUUGAACCGGAAAAUCCUUCAAAAACUCCUGAAUCCGUCGGUACGGGUGAUUUAACUCCAGUCGACCCCACAGUGUCAAAAUUUACACCAAAGUGUCCUAAUGCAGUUAUACAGAAUAAUAAUCUAGCGAAAUCACAUAUUGAAAUUUUGUGGAAGGCACCACCCGCCACCACAGACGGGAAUAACUGUAUUUCUAUUAAAGCAAUGGUGUUUGAAUCGAGUGAUAGUUGGUAUAUUGAUGAUGGAGGGUUGGUGAAAACUUUAUGUCAAGAGGAGGAAAAUGAGGAUGUGCAGCCACCGUUUUCUGAGGAGUGUUGUGCCUGCGAUGAGGCUAAAUAUGAAAUGGCGUUUCAAGGAAUGUGGACUAGGAAUACGCACCCUAAGGAUUUUCCAUCAAAUAUGUGGACGACAAAACUAGGUGAUGUUAUUGGUGCGUCUCACAAAUUCGGAAAAGCGUUUUGGAAUUACUCAGAAGUUGCCAGUGAUGGGUUAAAGCUUUUGGCUGAAGACGGCGAUACCUCGCUCCUGGAAAAUGAACUCAAAGAAAUGGUCAAGAGUGACGACAUUCGGACCAUUAUCAAAGCUCGAGAGUUGCCUUACCCCAAUAUCACCGGAAUGUCUUACACAGUGUUUAGAGUAGAUAAAGAAAACCAUUUAAUUUCUUUAGUAUCAAAAAUUACUCCAUCACCGGAUUGGAUUGUAGGGGUGGCCAACUUGGAAUUAUGUUUGCAAAACUGCAGCUGGAUACAAAGCCGUAACCUCAAUUUGUACCCUUGGGAUGUUGGUACCGAUGAUGGUACUACGUAUCAAUCUUCAGAUGCGCCUUCUGUUUCUCGACAAGUCGUCCGAGUAAUUUCUGCAACUGACGAAAAUUAUCCUUUUUACCGCGAUGAUGGUGAACCCAUAAAACCAAUAGCAAAACUACACAUCACUCGACAAAAACUGUACGAAAAAGUUUGUGAAGAAAACAAAUGUAAAGUAACAGAAUGGAGCGAAUGGACAAGUUGUGAUUGUGAUACUCAAAAAUACAAAACUCGAACCAGGCAACUCGAAAAUCCAGAGAAUGAAGAAUAUUGCUCCCAAAAUGCUCCACUCCCAAUGGAAGAAACCGUCGAAUGUACGACUGAAGAAUGUGAACAGGCUCAAAAAUGUGCCCAUGCAACUUGGUCAGACUGGGGCCCUUGCUCAGUGACCUGUGGCACUGGAACCCACAAACGCAACGGCACAUUCCAAGACGAAAACGAAGAUGAAGAAAAUAAAGAAACAAGCAACGAAGAAGUCGAAGAGGCUCCUUGCGUUGAAGAAGAACCCUGUUACAAUAGUCCAUGCGACGAAGAAGAGGGUACCCUCACCUCCGAGAGUCUUGUUUCCGAUACUCCAGUCGACUGCAAGGUCACCAAAUGGUCUGAGUGGAGUUCCUGUGAUGCAACGGAACCUUGCACUGGCGGGAACCAAUUCCGCGAACGUCGUAUCCUGGUUCAUCCCAAAAAUGGAGGAAAACCAUGUCCCAAAAGAUUGAAAAAAGUCAAGUAUUGUGACGCCCCAUGUCCCAGUAAUCAGAACUCGAAAGAGACAUUACCGACGUGGGGACCGGCUCGAAGAGGAAGAAAAGUUGAUUGCGUUAUGGGGCCGUGGUCGGUUUGGUCGCCAUGUAGUAGCAAUUGUGGUGAUUCGGCGGUGCAACAGAGGACUAGAGCGAUUUUAGUAUAUCCAAGUAGAGGUGGAAAGAAGUGCGAGCCGAGGCUUGAGGUCAGGAAGUGUUCUUUGCCUUAUGCUUGUCAUAGCAGGGAAUAUUUACAAUUAAGUAAACAUUAAAAUUGAAAAUUUAUAAAUAAAUAAAUUUUGUAUAAUCUUUUUAA